CCUUCUAUAUAAACACCACCAACCCCAUUCUCUGCCUCUCCCAACACUCAUUGAAGAAAAUCAACACCUAUCUCUCUCUCUCUCUUUCCUCAAAAGUCAAAAUCAACCUCCAAUGGCGUUGAACAAUGGCGUCCCCAGCACCGGCACCGGCCUGAUCGUCAGCUUCGGCGAGAUGCUGAUCGACUUCGUCCCCACCGUCUCCGGCGUGUCCCUUGCAGAAGCCCCGGGAUUCCUCAAAGCCCCCGGCGGCGCACCCGCCAACGUCGCCAUCGCUGUUUCCCGACUCGGCGGCAACGCCGCCUUCGUCGGGAAGCUUGGCGAUGACGAGUUCGGUCACAUGCUCGCCGGGAUCUUGAAGGAGAACGGCGUCCGCGCCGACGGGAUCACGUUCGAUGAAGGCGCGCGUACCGCACUGGCGUUUGUCACCCUACGCGCCGACGGGGAGCGUGAGUUCAUGUUUUAUAGAAACCCCAGCGCCGACAUGCUCCUCAAACCUGAAGAACUCAACCUCGAACUCAUCAGAUCUGCAAAAGUUUUCCACUAUGGUUCCAUAAGCUUGAUCGUGGAGCCAUGUAGAUCAGCACACUUGAAGGCAAUGGAGGUUGCCAAGGAUGCUGGAUGUCUUCUCUCCUAUGACCCUAACCUCCGCCUGCCGUUGUGGCCGUCAGCAGAUGAAGCUCGCAAGCAAAUUCUGAGCAUCUGGGACAAGGCUGAUCUGAUUAAGGUCAGUGACAAUGAGCUGGAGUUCCUCACUGGAAGUGACAAAAUUGAUGAUGAAUCUGCUUUGUCAUUGUGGCACCCCAACUUGAAAUUACUCCUUGUCACUCUCGGUGAACAUGGUUCAAAAUACUACACCAAGAAUUUCCGUGGAACAGUAGAAGGUUAUCAUGUCAACACGGUUGAUACAACAGGCGCCGGUGAUUCCUUUGUUGGUUCUCUGUUGUCCAAGAUUGUUGAUGAUCAAUCCAUUCUUGAAGAUGAGCCAAGGUUAAGAGAAGUGCUCAAGUAUUCAAAUGCAUGUGGAGCAAUUACAACUACUAAAAAGGGAGCAAUUCCAGCCCUUCCCAAGGAAGAGGAUGUGCUGAAGCUCAUCAAUGGAGCAUAAAAACUUUUUACCGCAUAAUCUCAUUUUCUUGUCCAGUUUUUUUUUUCACUUUUUUUUUUCGUUUGAGUUGCUGGUUUAAGAGGGAAUUUGUCUCUUGAAUUUCUUUAGUUUUCAUUUCUUGGUCUUCUGUAUUUUGACGGCAAGAUCAUGUGCUUUGAGAUUUUGCCAAAUAAUGUUAACUUCCAAGUUUUGAGAUCAGUGAUUGAUGAAAGCUUGAUUCAUAAGCGUUGCAGCUUCUUAACCCA